AUGAAGAACAAGGGUGCCAAGCAGAAGCUGAAACGAAAGGGAGCCGCCAGUGCGUUUGGCUGUGACCUGACGGAGUAUCUGGAGAGCUCGGGACAGGAUGUUCCAUAUGUGUUGAAGACUUGUGCAGAAUUUAUAGAGACACACGGCAUUGUGGAUGGAGUCUAUAGGCUUUCUGGUGUGACGUCAAACAUACAGCGGCUAAGGCAGGAGUUUGGCUCAGAUCAAUGUCCAGAUCUGACAAGAGAAGUAUACCUCCAGGACAUCCACUGUGUGGGCUCGCUCUGCAAGCUCUACUUCAGGGAGCUUCCCAACCCCCUCCUGACUUAUGAGCUCUAUGGGAAAUUCACGGAGGCCGUGUCACGUUGCCCGGAGACAGACCAGCUGGCACGAAUCCAGCAUGUCAUCCAGGAGCUUCCGCCAUCCCAUUAUAGGACCUUGGAAUACCUGAUUCGACACCUGGCCCACAUUGCCUCCUUCAGCAGCAAGACCAACAUGCAUGCCAGGAACUUGGCUCUGGUGUGGGCGCCAAACCUCCUCAGGUCUAAAGAAAUUGAAGCCACAGGUUGCAAUGGAGAUGCACCUUUCCUUGCAGUGCGGUUUCAGCAGAUGGUGAUUGAGUUCAUCUUGAAUCAUGUGGAUCAAAUCUUUAACAACAGUGCAUCUGGCUCUCUGGGAAAUGAUGAAAACCGACCCAUCAUGAAGAGCCUGACAUUGCCAGCUCUCCCCUUGCCCAUGAAGCUGGUGAGCCUGGAGGAAGCUCAGGCCCGGAGCCUGGCCACCAACCAUCCUGCUCGGAAGGAGAGGCGGGAGAACAGCCUGCCUGAGAUUGUCCCUCCUAUGGGCACCCUCUUCCACACUGUCCUUGAAUUACCAGACAGCAAAAGAAAGCUCUCCAGUAAAUCAAAGAAGUGGAAGUCAAUAUUUAACCUCGGGCGCUCGGGAGCGGACUCCAAAUCAAAGCUGAGUAGAAAUGGGAGCGUGUUUGUCAGAGGACAAAGGCUCUCAGUGGAGAAGGCUACUAUCCGACCAGCAAAAAGCAUGGACUCUCUGUGCUCAGUGCCCGUGGAAGGGAAAGAAAACAAAGGAAAUUUCAACCGCACUGUUACAGGUGGAUUUUUCAUUCCAGCAACGAAAAUGCACUCCACUGGCACUGGCAACUCCUGCGAUCUCAGCAAGCAGGAGGGCGAGUGGGGCCCAGAGGGGAUGCCAGCCGGAGCCCAGGGGAGCUUCGAGGGGGGCUGUGACCGAAGACAGCCGCAGGGUGGUCAGGCCCGGCCGCCGCCAGAACAGCUGAAGGUGUUCCGGCCUACCGAGGACCCCGAGAGUGAGCAGAUGGCCCCCAAGAUGCAGGGCAUGUUCUACAUCUCAAACGAGAACCCCAGCAGAUCCGUCUUCACCAGCAGCCUCUUCCACAUGGAGCCGUCGCCCCGCCACCAGCGCAAGGCCUUAAACAUCUCGGAGCCCUUUGCUGUGUCCGUGCCUCUCCGCGUGUCAGCGGUCAUCAGCACCAACAGCACCCCCUGCAGAACACCCCCCAAGGAGCUCCAGUCACUCUCCAGCCUGGAAGAGUUCUCUUUCCAGAGCUCAGACAAUGGAGGGUGGCCUGAAGAGGAGAAGCAGGCAUCUACAGCUCCUGCACCUACAAAGGCAGUUCCCGAGGAUGCCAAGCCAGUCCCAGAAGUGGUGGGAACAGUGGAAUGCAGCAAAGUCCUUUCUUUGGAGCCAGGUGUCCAACCAGAUGAGAAAAAACCCUUGGAAACUCCUCCAGGCCCUCAGCAGUUAAGGGAAUUAGUGAAGAGGCUGGAUCCUGAGAAGGUGGUCGAGCAGGAGCGAGAGGCUGGCCAGGAGCCCAGGGCGCUGCAGGAGAGCCCCAGGAUCAGAGCUGAGGCCGUAUUUCUGCAGGAGCUGGAUGAAGAUGAUCUAGCCAAUGGCCUGAUCUGGCCAGACAUUCAACAAGAACUGAAAAUCAUCGAAUCUGAGGAGGAGCUCACCACGUUAACACCACCGCUUCCAAAACUCAGCCCAACUCAGCCAGUUCCAGAAUCCAGCGCAAGCUCUUUGGCUUCACCAGAGCCUCCCGGGAGCUCACCCCGAAGCUCCGCCCAAAGCCCAGCCCCUCUGGAAGAACAGACCAAUCAGAGCACAGAGAUGGCUUCGCCUGCAGCCAAUGAAGAGAAACCUGAUCCAACUUGCAGCCAUAAGGAUGAACCUGAGACGGAGCAGCGCCCAGACCCCAGAAAUCUGGCUUCUCUGGCAAUAGUUCCAUUCGAGGUGGCGUCACUGCGUACUAGGGUGGAGGUGGGAGGCACUGGGAAGCUAUCGCCUCCCCACCCGCCUGCUCCUCCCCCUCCAACUCCUUUAGAGGAAUUGCCUCGAACCCCUCUGCCGGAGAGCAGCCCUGAGACAGAAGACCCCACUGGAAAUUUGAGGACAAAACUGUCUUUAGACCAGCUGAAGACCAAAGGCAACCCUGCCACCCCGAAUCAUUUUCAGAUGGAUGAGGCCACACCAAAACCGAGUGAAAAGCAAAAACCAGAGAAUGCUGCUCUCCAGGUCAAGGAGCCUGGUUUUCCAAGCACAACAAGGGAAGAGGAGCUGGCCCCACACAGCGAGGGGUAUGCAGUCCACUGUGCACAAGAACCUUCAGACUGUGAUGAGGAUGACGCUGUGACAGACACUGCCCAUCACGGCCUGGAGAUGGUAGAGCCCUGGGAGGAGCCCCAGUGGGUGACAAGUCCCCUGCACUCGCCCACCCUAAAAGAUCUGCAAGCGGCCCAGCUGCAGGGUCCCCAGAGCCACCGGCUAGAGAAGAGGCUUUCCCACAGGCCCAGCCUUCGCCAGAGCCAUUCUCUAGAUAGCAACCCCACUGAUAAGGGCCAGUGGUCCCUGGAGGGCCCCUCCUCCAGCAGCUGUGCUAAUCUUGACACACAGAGCAUUUCCGACCCUCUGCAGCCUCUGGCCCCCAGGAGAGAGAUGACCGGAUGGCAAGAGAAAGCUCUGAGGUCCUUCAGAGAGUUCUCUGGUCUGAAGGAGGCAGAGGCCCUUCCCGGCCACAAGGGACCAGGCAAUGUGCAGUCUGGAACAGCAGAAUCUGGGCCCAUCAGUCCAGCAGAGGGAAAGGAGCUGGUGGGGCAUCUGCAGCUCAACAACCUGCAGAUCAAGCAAGGCAGUGCUCCUGGACCAGAGGCCAGCAAGAAGAGUUCCCCUGGCGUGCAAAACACCAUGCCUGGAGAGCAACCCCCAAAGAUACAGCUGAAGGGCACCGAAUGCGGGCCCCCAAAAGGGAAAAAUAGGCCUUCUUCCCUCAACCUGGACUCUAUUCCCAUUACUGAUCUCUUCAGGUUUGAGAAUGUGGCUGCUUUUGGUUCACCUGGAAUGCAGCUCUCUGAGCCCAGAGACUCAAAAGCCACAUGGAUGACCUCGUCCCACUGUAAAGCAGACCCCUGGAGGGUCCACUCCCCAAACUCCCAGGACCUGGACAUCGUUGCUCAUGCUCUGAUUGGCCGGCGUAACUCGGCUCCUGUGAGUGUGUCGGCUGUGAGAACCUCCUUCAUGGUCAAAAUGUGCCAGGCCAAGGCGGUCCCGGUCAUCCCACCCAAGAUUCAGUACAUGCAGAUCCCACAGCCCCUGCCUGCUCAGAGCUCAGGGGAAGAUGGGGCUCCACUUCUGGAGAAGAGUCAAGAGAAGCCCCACUCAACUGCUGUGACCUCUCAGAAACCUGCCAAAGAUGAUUCUCCCGCCUCCUUGGAAAGCUCAAAAAGAGAGAAACCAAAGCAAGAUACAGGAGUCACUGAGUCUUCAGCGGAUGCGACUGCAUCGUGUGAGGGACCCACCUUUUCUCCAGAGCCAGGCUUGUCGAACGUCUCCACCCAAGAGUCAGUAGUGCAAUGCAGAAAGUGCAUGUCAGAGACAGAGCCAUCUGGGGACAACCUUGUCUCUUCAAAAAUAGAGCGAUCAUCUGGGGGUUCUAAGCCUUUCCACAGGUCAAGGCCAGGAAGACCUCAGAGUCUAAUCCUGUUCAGUCCUCCCUUCCCUAUUAUGGACCACCCACCCCCCUCAUCUGCUGGAACAGAUUCCAGGGUCUUGCUGUCUCCUAUCAGAAGUCCCAUCCAGACAGUUUCCCCUGGCCUUCUUUGUGGGGAGUUGGCAGAAAACACAUGGGUCACACCAGAAGGGGUGACACUUAGGAAUAAAAUGACCAUCCCUAAGAAUGGCCAGAGACUAGAGACUUCAACCAGCUGUUUUUAUCAGCCCCAGAGGAGAUCAGUGAUUCUGGAUGGAAGAAGCGGGAGGCAAAUAGAAUGA